CAAUAACAAGAAUCAUGAUGUGGGUACGGAAAUCGGUGAUCCAACGUUCAUAUGUUCCAUAUGCCUCGACGGUACCCAUGAUAAAGAUACAAGAGUGGCUGGUGAAAGCACAUGAAGAUCCAUCAAACCCAGAAAACUUUACGCCACCUUUUCCGCAAGUUCCGGUGGAUCCGAAUGAUGCGCCCUGGAGAAACUUCGACCAAGGGACUGUUUGCUGCGUUUGUCGAGAACGAAGGAGUAACACUGAACUGUCGCCAUGCCGUCACAUAGAAACAUGUAUGACAUGCACCCGACGCAUACAUGCGACAACCUCCGCCUAUAAUGUGCCGUUCAAGUGCCCGAUGUGUCGAAGUAGAGUGACUGGAUUCUCUCGAGUAUCGGAUGUUUCUCAAAAUGAAGGAAAAUAAAAAGAAAUUUGUACAUAGAAUGUUUUUGGCAAAACCUACUCUUUGA